AUGGUUGGCUGUAUGGCCAGACCUGCUGUUUCUUGGCAGGUGGAUCGGAUCAUCUUUUGUGUCUUCUUAGAAGUCGACUUCAAAAUCUACAAAAAGAAAAUGAACGAGUUUUUCCCUAUAGACGAUAAUAAUGAGGAAGAAGAAGAUGUGGACAUGAAAGAAGAUUCAGAUGAGAACGGUCCAGAAGAGAAGCAAAAUGCAGAAGAAAUGGAAGGGCAGAACCAAGAAGCAGAUGGUGUCAACACUGCUGCUGAGCCCACCCCUGCUUCAGAAGGAACUCUUCAAGUCUACAAUGAUGAAGAUUCUACAAAGGAUAACAGUGCAAAAGAAGAUGAAGUAGCAGACAAUUCUAUGAGUGACCAAGAUCAUCCUAACAGACAAGAGAAAGAUUCAAUGAAGAAUGAAAUAAAAAUUGAGACAGAGUCCCAGAGUUCAUAUAUGGAAACAGAAGAGCUUUCCUCAACCCAAGAGGAUACUAGUAUUGUUGAAGAACCAGAAGUGAUUCCAAUAGCAGAUGACCAGGAAGAAAAAGAAGGUGAGAAAGGUAGGCCUAUUCUUAAAUUAAAGCUUCAAAAAUAG